AUAAUUAUUUAUACUGUAUAAAGACUAUAAAAAUUUCUGGAGACUUAUCAGCAUAUAAAAGACGACAUCUACUAAGAUACGUUUAUUAAAAAAGUGAGCGUAGUUAUGUUUCUCUACUUCUACGCGUGCCUUUAGUAGCAGACGUCACAAACACGGCAGUUAGAGUUAAAUGUCGGGAGUGUUGGAGCGCAUGCUGCUGCAGACGAUAAUGUUCAAUUCACUGUGAUAACGUAUCAUGAACAACAGAUUAUUGCUUCUGCGGAAUGGGUUUACCAUUAGGUUGGACUAAUAUUUAUUAGCGUUAAUUUGCCCAUUAUGUUGAAGUUUAAAAAUAAUGUAACGAUACUAUUAUUAUUAUUAUUGUGUUCAACUUUGGUCGCAGGGGUGGAAAAUAUUCACUAUUACUAUGAACACUAAACGCUGAAUGUUGAUGAAAAUGUUUGUUGUCAAAUCCAAGGAAAACUUUAUAGUUCAUAGAAUUCUAUAUGAAAUAUUGUGUACUGCGAAACUACAAUGUCUCGUGACAUUAUGUUCAACUAUCUUGAGCUCGACAGAUCUUUCACUGGACAGUGGUUAAUGGUAUUUCAAAACAUACUGUUGUAUUAUUUUCUAAUUAUUUGUAGACGUCAGUGAAGAGUAUUACUUGAAACAAAAAACUCGAAAACUGUUAAGGAAGGAUAACUAGGUAUAAUAAAUUUUCUCCUUCAAAAAUUGGGUGGGGUGGGGGGACUUGUGAUUGUUUGAUACGCUGGAUUCCUCCAUGCUUUCCAACAUUACUGAAGUUUAUCAGUGUACUGAUGACGAUGGUGACAAACAACUGAAAAGCCAUUCAAUCACUGGACUCCCUGAACGACGAAAUUGUACAGUUUAUCUUUACCCCCAAGUCUGCAGAAUUUGAUGUCGAUUCCAAUUCUUAUGAUGACCCCCCAACAAUCGCCAGAUGUCGGCAACAACGCGAGGGCCUCAAGACUUCCAUGGCACUCGUGCGACGUCUUCUGGUGGACGCCCAAGCAAAAUUCCGGAAGAUGAUGGAGGACAAUAAGGCUUUGGCGUCGAGCAUAGAUGGUAAUAUUCAGAACACUUCUCGUCAGGAAGUGUCUGAGCUACGAGUUGAGCUGAUCAAUACUGGCAAACGGAUUUCAGAAAUAACUUCAACUUCUCCGGAGUUCAGUGACGCCCCCAUUAUGGCAGGAAACACGCUAACCACUUGUUUUCCUGCUCCAAAGAAUAACGUGAUCUCAAUGAACCAAUCUGAAUCUAACUGUAAUUUUCAGAAUUCAAAAACUUCGUCCUCACCUAAAUCAAGCACGAACAAUUCCUGUUCAAAUAGGGAAGAAGGUGACAGUGAUAAACAGACCAGUCCUGUUAAAAAUAAUGCCACGAGCCUCAUAAGUACAACAACACCUUCUAACGAUAACCAGUGUGAACGAUGCAAAAAUUGUACACACGAAGAUAUAAAUCAACUUGAAGAACGACUAUGUCAACAAGAAGAUCUAAACUCCAAACUAAGUCAGCAGAAUCGUUCCCUCCAAAAGGAGCUUGAAGAGUUACGAUCAUACAAAGAUCAAGAGCACGUGCUGCUGUCUCGAACUCAGUGGCUGGAAAAUGAACUGAAGCACACAAAAGAAGCUCUUGCUACUUUAAAACAAGACCGAAAGAGACUGAGAGCAGAAAAGUUCGACCUGUUAAACCAAAUGAAAGAACUCUACGGAACUCUAGAGGAUAAAGAGAACGAACUGAGAGACUUCAUCCGGAACUACGAGCAGAGAAUGAAGGACAGCGACGAAAGUCUCAAACAGUUAGUACGGACGAGAGAAGAAUUUGAGCGUGAAAAGUGGAGUAUCUUAAAGCAUGCACGAGAUGAAGCAGAACAUUCAGUGGAACUGUGUGCCCAGUUAGCCCUAAAAGAUGCGCAGAUUAGACAGUUUCAAGAAGAAGUGAGUUUGAUUCGAGAUAGAGUGGGCUACUUUUCUGAUGUCGAGAGCGCAAGAAAUUUCCGAACCAAUGGCUACCACAGUCCGAGCAUGACGCCCACCGCCCACAGUAGCAACGCCCCCACACUUACUCCGGUGUCGGAACGGAAGUCAUUGUCGUAUGGUGGCACUCCAACAAUAACAGUUGAUGAGGACCAGAACUCAGUUUAUUAUUCUACAACCUCUACUAGAGACGAUAGACUUUUGCCCUUUCCUGGUUUAUCUCGUUCAGCCGAGGAGAUAUACGUUCACAGCAGUGCCAACUCUGACGUCAGUAGCGGCAAGAAAAGCUGGAAAAGAAAAGAAAGGAAAGGGACUUGGAGUUCCAUAUCUCGUGUGUUUUCUAGAGGGCGCCACCGUAAAGGAGUAGAUCAAUGUGUUUUGGAUGGUGGCAGCUCAGACCAAAGAUCGUCUUGGUCACCCCAGGGCAGUUUAUGUGCCAGCCCUUUAUCAGAAGACAACUAUAAUGAGAAACUAAAGUUAUUAGAAGAAGCACAAGGAAAGCCAAUGGAAACAUGGAAAGCUGCAACAGUUCUUUCUUGGAUAGAAAUAACUUUAGGAAUGCCGCAAUAUGGUGGAAAGUGUGCUGAAAACAUAAAAAGUGGGAAAAUUCUUCUAGAAUUAUCUGAUGGAGAGCUAGAAACUGGUCUUGGAAUAAGCAAUCCUAUGCAUCGAAGGAAACUUAGACUUGCUAUUGAAGAACACAGAGAUUCUGCUUUAUGUUUGAACCCUAAGAUAAACCUCCUGUCCCACAUGUGGGUGGUAGAUGAAUGGUUACCAAGUUUAGGUUUAACAGCAUACAGUGAGGCAUUUAAUCACCAACUUGUGGAUGGUCGAAUGCUUGAUACACUUACAAAGAAAGACCUCGAAAAACAUCUGAACAUUACUCGGAAAUUCCACCAACUUAGCAUUAUGCACGCCAUUCACUUGCUUCGUAUAGUCAAGUUUGAUAAGCAGAUACUGACCCAACGAAGGUCACGUUGUGAGCAUAUGGACCUUGAUCCUCUGGUGUGGACAAAUGAGAGAUUUAUCAAAUGGGUGAAAAGUAUAGACCUAGAGGAAUAUGCAGAAAAUCUUCAAGGCAGUGGUGUCCAUGGUGCUUUAGUUGUGUUGGAGCCAUCAUUUACUGCUGACACCAUGGCUACAGCUCUAGGCAUUCCAGGCUCGAAAAACAUCAUACGGAGACAUUUGACAACGGAACUAGAUAACUUAAUACAACCAGCAAGAAUGUCCUUAGAAGCUGAAGUGGUCUUUUAUUCACGGAAAAACCAAAAAAAGAACACUGGGUCCUCUUCAAGCAUUGGCACGAGCUCACUAGGUCAAAGUUUUAUGAGAUCUUACUCCAGAGGAACAUUAGAUAAACCUGAUAAACGACGUACAAACACGAGGUUUUCAACUUGGAAAAGCUCGCAGCUGAGUGUAUCAUAACAGAAGAAGUCCUUAGCACACCAGUAAUAUGAAUGGGAUCCUUGACUCAAGUUCUGGGGCUAACAUUGAAACAAAACCUUCAUCAGUCACCAAGUUUCCAGUCUGUCUCGCAAACACCUAAAGAAGUUGAGGGUCACAGACGAGUAAGGUCACAAAGUGAUAUAGAAAUGUUAAACAUCGCUCCAGUCUGAUCAUUUAGGCAUUUAUUUUGAGACAUUGGAGAUUACUGCAUCUAGGUGGAUAAACCCUAUUUCAGCCCAGUCAGAUCAAGACUAUUUUUAUGUAGGUGUGUGUGUGUGUGUAUGUGUUGCUACAGUAAUAUUGUUAUACUGAUUAUUUUGCUUCAACACAGAGAUAGAUAAAUGACAGUAAUUGUCUGUAGGUAUUGUGUGUGUGUGUGUGUGUAUAUAUAUUUAUGUAUAAUGUAAAAUGAAGAAUUACCAAAUAUCCACAACAGCCUUGCUUUAGAUAAAUUUUGCGUAUGUUCAACGUACAGCAUGAGGCUCUUUUCAAUUGUAUCAUUGUGCUGUAACUGAAACAUUGUUGUCAAUUAGAAAUAAUGUUCCAAUAUUUUUAUCAAUAUGGUUUGAAGAAAAAGAAGUGUUGUGGUAUUUGAAAUGCGACACUUCAUUGAGUGUUUUGUAUUACUUUAUUAGUAUAAAUAUUAACCCUCGCUACGUCAUUUACCUAACAAGGCAAUAAAACAGUUUUUGAUCAGAUCAAAAAUCAUCAAGACAUCCUAAACUAAAAAAAUUCCAAUAUUAGUUUCUAUAGCAAUAUCUAAAAAAUGGCAAAAACCUUUUAAUUUUUUUUUGAUGGACUAAAAACAUGGUACUUAAGUGUAUAAAUCAUUGAUUAUUUAAUAAAUCUUGUUAUUAAUAAGAAAACUUUGUCGAUCAAAGCUAAUACCAAGAAUUUACGUGAUGAUUAAAGAAAAGGAAGAGUUCAUCUGGUCAGCUUAUCAUCAUCUCAGUUAAAAGUUGUUUUACUGCACAGUGUGUAAGGUAGUACUAGUCUAACUUGCUGAUGUGACUCUGGUUCUUGUGAACUGGUGUGUUUGAAAAAUUUUUAAGAUUAUUCUCUUACGUUUUGUUUUCUGUUAGUGAAUAUUUGCAAAAAAUGAAGGUUAUGCUCAAAAAUAUUAAUAUGUCUGUGAUGAUAUUUUACUGAACAAUUCAUUGUGAAUUAUGAUGAAUAUGGAUAUUGCAGUUUGAUUGGAAUUUAUUUAUAUAUCCAAUAUGUUUGGGAUAUGGAAAAUUAACUGACUCAAGACAUUGUCUGUAAGUUGUUGUUCUUUUUUUUUUUACUUAAAUAAAAAGUUAGGGAGCCAAAAUAACCUUUCUAGAAUUUUCUGUUUAUUUAAGAAUGUUCAAAUUAGUACAAUUUUCUUAUAUUUUUGGAUAUAAUCUAUGAUCUAAUAAAAGUUAAAGAACAAAAUUAGAAUAAAACUCGAAUUAGCAUUUAAAAAGAAAACUUUGAUUGUUACUAGGAAGAACAUCAAGAACAUUCUCGUCAAGAUUAAAAAAAAAUAUAAAAAAAAUUCACAUUAUACCAUGUAAAAGCUAUCAUGGUAACAAGCUUUCAUUCCUCAAGAGUUCCCCAGCCCUGAGAAUAGGAUUAGGUGUGAACUUCUGUUUAUAUUAAUUCUAAAUUGGAGUGAACCCAUUUUUUGUGCCUUACUAUUUUACUUUCCACUUUUUCACGUGAUAAAUUUGAAUGUCAAGAUUAUUCUUGAUAGUAUAAAACACGAGUUUAAAUAGCCUUAGAAAAAUUAGAAAAACAAAUUAUAUGAUAAAUAUUCAAAUUUAGUAAUUUUUAGAAAUCCCUUGAUAGACUUUCAUUCGCAUUCAAAAUACGUAUAUUUGACAUGAUUUUUAGUUAGCAUAUGAAUCAAUAUAACUUGUCAAACGUUACUUACUACAAGUUUGAUGUUAGAAUAGGAAUUGUGCCUUUAAGUAGAUAAAUCUGGUACAACUUUCAGAUGAAACUUUUCAUUUAUUUUUCAAUAUUGGUUUUUAUGUUUUGAUUUCUAAACUAAGAAUGGCUAAUUAGAUAAAAUCACGCAAACAUAUGAACUUUAGUAUUAAUUUCCUUUUUUGCCUAUUGAGUUUAAGUGCUCCAAAAUCAUUUCAAAAACUUUUAACAAACAUCAGUGAAACGGUAAAAUAAAUGGGAUUGUUAUACUUUAGUUUUUUCUUGUGUUAAAGACGGCAUGAACUUUAAAGUACAGCUUUAGAUUAUAACAAGUUAAAAAUGGUAUAAACAGAAUAGAUUACACCACGUCAAAGAUGUUUCUUUUUGCCACUUAAAAGUUACUAGAGAUAAAAUUUUUAUUUAAAUGUCUACCUCGAAACUCUAGCGGUGUGAAAUGCAGAUCCUAUCAUCGUGAAGCAUGAAUUAUUGUAUUUAAUUAAUAAAUCUUUUAAGUAGAAAUUAAUAUGAACCAAUGUACCAUAAACAAAUGGCUAAUACAUGUUGUUAGACUAAAUUAUUAUAAGUCCUUGCAUAGUUUCAGUUCCUUUUUUAAAGUGUUAUGUAUUGCUCAUUUACAGUACCCAUCAGUUAUGUUAGAGUUAAUUAACUCUGAAUCUUGUGAUGCAUAAUCAAAUUAUAUCGGUGAAACGUAACUUAGAUAAUUAGUUUUAGAGAAAUUAAUUUAUUUACUUUUUGUUUUAAACGAGUUUAGUUGUUUUAGUUAUUUUAAAUUAGAAUUUUAAUCAACAUAUGAUUUAUUUUAUCAAUAUUUCAAUAGAGGGCGCCUAUGGGUGAUAUUUUAUUUUAUGGUUGACAAGCUCAGGUAUGUAACCGUAAAUGUUUAUUAUUACUCGGUCGCAAUUAUCCUAAUAAGUGUGUGUAAUAUUUAUGGGUCCUUUUUAAUUCACCAUACAUUACCCUAAAUUAAUUUAAGUGCGAGAAUAAUGUUAUGACAUUACUCUUUAUUCAUAAUUCGAUAUUAUACAAGAGUUUAAUGAUAUAUGUGUGUGCAUGUGCGAGUUUCAGAUUUUUUUUAUGUUUCCACCAAAACUGAGAGGAAAAUCUGUGACGUAGAGUCCAAAUGCAUUCCCUGAUUGAUCGUAUCCUCUGCUGUGUAAUGCCAUUUCGCAUUUUCAAGGCUCAUCAGUACAGCUAGAUUCAGCAAACCAAAGAUAUACAGAAAACAAGCAAAAGUACCCGUCCCCAGUGACGGGAAAUUUUAAGUAAAUCUAUCAAUUUAAAUUA